AUGGCUCACUGUCUUAAUCCCGAAAAAUUCUUCCCCGUCGUCAAAUCAGUGGCUCUUCCGAAAGGAUGCUUGAAUGGUAAAGUAGCGCUAGUGACUGGAGGAGGAACGGGUCUCGGAAAAGCCAUUGCCACGACGUUUGCUCAUUUGGGAGCUAGUGUGGCUAUUGCUGCCAGAAGACUGGAUGUUUUGGAGAAGACUGCAGAUGAGAUUCGAUCGACUACAGGAGGAGUAUGUGAACCAUUUCAAGAUGUCAAAGAUCCAACAAAGGUUGCAAAGGCAUUCGAUGAGGUCGAGAAGAAACUUGGUCACACCCCAGACAUUCUGAUCAACAAUGCAGCUGGAAACUUCAUAAUGGCCACUGAACGUCUCUCUCCGAACGCCUAUGGAACCAUCAUUGAUAUCGUUCUCAAGGGAACUCUCCACGUCACCACAGAACUCGGUCGCCGUUGUAUUCAGCAGAAGCGUGGUGCAAGUGUGCUCAGUAUCACUACGCUCUACGCGCAGUCUGGUGCUCCAUUCGUCGUUCCAUCUGCUGUUUCGAAAGCUGGCGUUGAGAAUAUGACCAAAUCACUGGCAUGUGAAUGGGCGAAACAUGGAAUUCGAUUCAAUGCUAUCGCUCCAGGACCAAUUCCAACGGAGGGAGCUUUUGGAAGACUUUUUGCUGGAGAGUUGAAGGAUUCUGGAGAGGCUAUGAAGGCGGGAGUCCCCGUUGGAAGACUUGGGCAUCCUGAGGAAAUCGCCAACUUGGCAGCAUUCAUGUCUUCUGAUUUUAUGUCGUGGAUGAAUGGAGCUAUCAUCGACUUUGACGGUGGCCAACAACACAUCCACCACGGAUCCCAUAUGGGACAAUUCCUUCACGAUUGGGACAACAAGAAGUGGGAGGAGACGGAGAACUUGAUCCGUGGAAGAACUGGAAAGGACAAGAAGAGCAAGUUGUAA